CACCAGAGCCAUAAGGUGUGUGCCGUCUGUUCAAACUCACCCACUGUGUUUGCGUCUACCAGUUUGUCACAAUGAACUGGGUCUUCUUGGAGGGUCUUCUCAGCGGAGUCAACAAAUACUCCACCGCGUUUGGCCGAGUCUGGCUCGCUAUUGUCUUUAUCUUCAGGCUCCUGGUGUUCCUUGUGGCAUGUGAGAAAGUCUGGGGAGAUGAGCAAAAAGACUUUGACUGUAACACACGUCAGCCCGGGUGUCAAAACGUCUGCUACGACUAUUAUUACCCCGUGUCCUACACCCGUCUCUGGGCCCUCCAACUCAUUUUUGUCACCUGCCCGUCCCUCCUGGUGACCCUCCACGUGAGCUACAGAGAGGAACGGGAGCGCAAACACAGGCUGAAGCACGGAGAGGACUGCACCCCUCUGUAUGACAACACUGGGAAGAAGCGCGGAGGGUUAUGGUGGACCUACUUCUUAAGCCUGCUCUUUAAGAUCACGGUGGAUAGUGUUUUUAUUUUCUUGUUGUUCCAUAUCUACGAGGCCACCUUCUUCCCACCGCUGGUCAAAUGCAGUGAAGACCCUUGCCCCAAUGUGGUGGACUGCUACAUAGCGAGACCCACAGAGAAGAAGAUCUUCACCAUCUUCAUGGUGGGCACCAGUGUCGUGUGCAUCGUCCUCACUCUGCUGGAGGUGCUGUAUCUGUGUGGAAAGAGGCUGUUUGAGAGCUGUGGCGCCGGGCACAAGUCCAGGAGAGACCAGUCCUUCAUGAUGCCUGUAAUACCCCAGACCGAGAAGGAGAGCUCCAUUUACAAAGGGCCAGUCAUGGACAAACUGGACAAUGGAGAAAUGACCAAAGAAUCGUUAGACAUGUCUUGAGACAAAGUGUUUGAUGUAAAUGUUUUGUAUUGACUAGACAUUAUAGUGAAAUAGACUCCAUGUUUUUAUAAAUGUUUCUUACUUUGUGUCAAUGAUCCACAGAACGGGCCCAGUUCUAUACUUGAAUGUAAGAAUUUCUGUUUAACCACUGAAAGGGCUAAUCAUUUAUCCAACCUCUGAAUCUCAAAGCCUCAUCACAGCCUUAAAAUAAAUACUGCAAAGAAAGAUUUAAGAUUGUACUUUGUAUAUAAUGACUUUAUUAAUAAAAACACCUU